UCCCGAAGAGCACAGUUGCAUUUACGAAGCAGACGCCAGAUGAGAUUUUCAUUCAGAGGUCACUGAGGCAAAGAGAAAACAGGUGGACGCGACCGGCUAUACAAACUACUACACCAUGAGGUUCUCUUCCUGCAUCCUCUUUCUUGGAUGGUGGGUGACUGGACGGAGCUCGAUGACUAGUGGUGCUUAUCCCAGGCCAUCCAUCUCAGUGGAACCCAGUGAGAACCUUACCCUGGGAGCACAUGCUACAAUCUACUGUAAGAACAAACAUCACGAUAAAGUUCAAUUCAAGCUACACAAAGAACCAGGUUCAGCUAAGUAUCCUUUGGCAGCCCAGGAAAAGUCCCAGGCUGAAUUUUUCAUUCAAAAUGUCUCACCAUCAGAUGCUGGGAUCUAUUGGUGUCAAUAUUGCUUGUCUGAUCAAUGCUCAGAUUUCAGUGAUAAAGUAGCCAUCUAUGUAACAGAUCCAAGCCUCUCCAAACCCUUCAUCAGGGCAGAACCCAAAGGUCAGAUUGAUCUGGGCUUGAAUGUCACCAUUGAGUGCCAAGGACCAGAGGAUGGGCUGAACUUCUCCCUGCACCAGUCAAGGAACCUGACUGCAUCACGGAAGAGGGAGCCAGGUGGAGACACAAAAGAGCUCCUUCUCUCUAUGGUGACAUUGGAGGAUGCUGGGAGCUACACCUGCCAAUAUCACCUCGCAGGAAAUCCAUUUGUCUGGUCAGAGCCAAGUAACCCCGUGGAUUUGAUUCUGAGAGAUCCCAAUCUUCCCCAACCCUCCAUCAAGGGGAAACCCAGUAGACAUCUUGCUCCAGGCUCAAAAGUCACCAUCCAUUGCCAAGGACCGCAGAAUGGCCUGAACUUCUCCCUGCACAAAUCAGGAAACCUGACAGCAUCACAGAAGGCAAAGCCUGACAAAAACACAACCAAGUUCAUUCUCCACGAUAUAACAUCAGAAAAUGCAGGGACAUACACCUGUCAGUAUGUCCACAGCAACCAUUCUUUCAUCUGGUCAAGGCCAAGCCAGCCUGUGGAGCUGGUUGUGACAGCAGGGUCCUCAAAAGUUAUAUGGGCAAGCAGUGCCGGGGGCCUUUCGAUUCUCCUCCUGUUGCUGGUUGCCUUCCUAUUCUACAGGAAAAGAAGAACAGGCUUUUCUUCCAGAGAAAGACACGAACCAGUGAAUGUGCCCAUGCAGAGCCAUACUGGAGCAGACCAGGAGGAAGUCACCUAUGUUACACUGGAUCAGCGGUUGCUGAAAGCCAUGCAGUCAGCGGAUCCUGCCAGAGUCCCUGAGCCCUGCGUCUAUGAAGCGGUGGCCAAAAACAGAAUCAAGGCGGGACCAGAGGCAAAAUGACUCGUUUGGGUACUGUCAGGAGGACUUAGGGUUGUGUGGAGACAUGCAUGUCCCAGGCUAGUUCUAACAUGAAAGAUACCCCUCUUACUGCCAAGAACAUUAGAAGGCAUCCAAGGACACAGUCCCAAGCAUCGAUUAUAAACCUACCAAGCCCCACCUCCAAAGCAAAGCAUGCACUUACUUCAUUGCUGUCUGUCUGUCUCUUACAUGGGCUGUACCUUUAAGCAAACUGAGGACAGUAGCUGUGAAAUAGAAAAUUGAAAUGCAAAAAGAUGCAUCUCUCUAACCAGGUGCCAGGACCAACAAUCAUUGCCCUACCGCUAUGUCCCUGCUGCCUAUAAGCAGUCUGCUUCGGAAGCAGCAACACAAAUUUGCUAGCCCUUUCCCUCUGCCAGCAACCAGGGACUUCUUUUACCAAUCUACUUGCCUCCUCCUUAUAUAAGCCCCUUGAUGGGAGUUUGUGCACUGCAAAUUUGAGUCCCUUCCUGUUUGGGCUAGGUUGGCUAGAUUCACUUCUCGAUAGGCCCUCAUUAGGAGACUGGUGGGGGGGGGGAGCCUGGUAAAAGGCAAGGUUUAGAGAGGAGAGGGAACUCAGCAGGGUAUAGUACCAUAGAGUUGACCCCAUUUUCUGUACGGUAGCUGAUCUCUGUCAUGUGGAGAUCCCCUGCUCCCACCCCUCUGCUUCUCGCCUCCACUCACCUGGCC